ACUUGAGGUUAACCGCGUUAACUUGCCCGUCACUACUCACCGUAGUCACCGUGCCGUUUUCGUGACGAGCAUUUUCGUUGCGUUUGUCGAUUACAUACGUUUCUCCGGACGGAUACAGAAGUAUAUCACACACGGAAUGGAGUGCUUAAUCGGUAUUCAGUGUAAAGAUUUCGUGCUAGUUGCAGCGGAUAUGACAACUACGCAAUCUAUUAUAGUUAUGAAAAGCGAUGAACACAAAAUCCACAAGAUCUCUGACAAGCUUGUCAUGGCGAUAUCUGGAGAAUCAGGGGACACGACACAGUUUUCAGAAUACAUUGGGAAGAAUAUUCAGCUGUACAAGAUGCGAAACGGCUAUGAAUUGUCCCCCAAAGCUGCAGCUUGUUUCACAAGGAGAAAUCUAGCCGAUUAUCUUAGAAGCAGGACUCCGUACUUUGUCAAUAUGCUACUGGCUGGAUAUGACGACGAUUCAGGACCAGAAUUAUACCUUAUCGAUUACUUGGCAUCCUGUGUAAAAGUUCCUUAUGCGACUCACGGAUAUGGUGGAAUGUUUUCCAUGUCUGUUUUAGACAGAUACCACAAAUAUGAUUGUACCGAAGAAGAAGCAUAUGCAUUAUUGAAGAAAUGCGUUCGGGAAAUUCAGAAGCGAUUAAUCGUUAAUUUGCCAAAUUUUAAAGUUCAAAAGAUAUCCAAGGAUGGGAUCAAAGAUAUGCAGCCAAUCACAGCUGAGAACUUGGCUGUGGAAAGUGUUGCUAAAGAGUGAAAGAAACGUUUACUUAAUCUUUUUGUAGGAAAAAUAUUUCCAUCGGAAAUAAAAGAUCUAUUUGUAACUUGAUGAUAAAAUUAU